CCGAAAUGUUUUCAAUGUCAAAGGUCAGGAGAAAAAAUGGCGUCGGAUCUGAUGUUUUGUUUUUUCUUUGCACAUUUUUUAACAGAUUUGGUAGAAGGCUAUUACUGUGACAGUGAAAGAUGUUUGGAGAAUGAGUAUUGUUGUGGAGAUAAUAUAUGCUGUGUGUCAUAUACAGUUUGGGAACUGUGGUAUUUCUGGUGUGGUAUAAUUUUCUUCCUUGUACUGCUGUCCAUGUGUUUAUGUUUAUGGAAGACAAGAUACAGAGACAGUCGAAUCUUUAUUGGUACUUCUCAACCUAUAUACAGUCCAUUGUCAAGCAAACAGCCAUCCCUGGCAAAUGGUGAAAGAUAUAGAGAUGAUAUUACAGAAGCAGAGUAUUACAGAACCCCGCCCCCUACUGAUGUAUAUGGUUACAACAAAACAGUCCCUCCUACUUAUGAAGAUGUCGUCAACAAUUACAAAGAAGAUCACAAGAAAUAGCCUACCAACGUUGAAAGAGGGCAAAAGUGCAAUUGAAAACUUUGACGAUAUCUGAUUCUAGGAUAUCUAUCUGAAUGACGAAUAUAUACCAUAUCUCAGGUCAAAGGUCACAGACAUGCAAAUGUUUUAUUUUUUUGUCUCAAAUAUCUGUAUACAAAACUGGUACACAUCCAAGUUAAAUUAUGUGUUAUAUGAACUUUGAGGUAAUGAAUGUUUUUAUUAUUACAUUUGUGUUUAUACAAAUCUUAAUGGAGUCUGUCUUUGUGAUAAUGCUGGACAAUUGUUGUUUUAUUUUGUUGACAGAAUUCUAACUAUCAGAAAAAGCUAUGUACAACAUAAUUUAGUGAAGAGAAAACUUUCUGGAGAAUUUUUUAAUGACUGGUAUUUCAUUAUGGUCUCAGAAGUAUGAAAAUCAUAUGUUUUAUUCUUAUGAUAUUAUUUCAUUAUUUUAUGAAAUAUGUUUCUAAUAGAGAUUUCUAUGAAACUAAAUUUUUACAGACAUGCUAGUCUGUUAUAGUCAAUGCUGAGCAUGUAAUAAACAAUAUAUCAACAUGGUGUUGUUGGAUUGCUGUCACCAUCAUAUUUACACCAUUGUCUAUGUAGAUAUAUUUAUUGAUGUAAAAUAAUACUAAAAAUGAUAUUAUUUUAAUGGAAGAAACAGUGAACAUAAAUAAUAGUCUCUAUCUUAAAAAAGAUAUACACAUUAGAAAUAUAUAUCGGGAACUUAAAAUGUAUUUUCUAUGUAAUCUGCCAUUUAAAAAUGUGUUUUGCACGUAUGACAGCUUAUUUGUUUCAGGACAAAUAAUAAAUAAUCUGAUGUUUCUUUCCAAAAUAAGUUUAUAACAAGUGAAAAUUAUGAAUUCAUGUUUUUAUUAUUAAAGUUGUUAUGUGUGCUACAGUGUAUGAAAUUUAUAGUCUUGGCAAUAAACCUUUCUGGAAGUCAGUAACAAAUCUGCCUAAAUUUGUACUCAGUUUAAUGCUUAUUCUAAAGUUUUUCAUAUCCUAAAUGAAUAACACAGAAAAAAGGUUGAAAUUCUGUUAGCAAAGUGAUUGCUUAAAGGAUAAAUUAUAUCUAAAAUUAUUAAAAGAUUUUCUUUAUCCAAUGUACAAAAACUUGAAAAGUAUCGUCCAAACUUUGUAUGAAAUGUUUGUCACUGGACAUUGAGCAAAAACAAUCAUUUAUUUCUCUAUAUUUUGAUCAUGGAUAAUAUAUGGUUGUUCUCUCCAUUUAAACCAGUGAUAGUUGUUAAAUUAUUUUUGUGUCACAAAUGUUUUGUCAUGUAUCAUUAUUUCAACAUUUAUAUAGAUUUUUGUUAAAAUUGUUUAUCCAUACAAUCUUUAUAUGAAUGUGUAAGAUUUAUACUCUGAAAAAUUUGAAAAUUUAGCCUUUUGUAGAUUAACAUCAACAAUUUUGGCCUUUAGGAAGAUAAUAGAAUGAAUAAAUGCAUUCUUAAAGGAAUCAAUAUUGAUGUGCCAUCAUUUGUCUGAGAAAAAAAAGUUAUGCCCUCUGAAUUAAAAAAAAAUAUUAAUUAAAUGAUUUGCUAGAACCACACUUCAUUUAUUUUAGUCUGUUAUCAUUGGUAAAUUUGCAUGACAUUUUUUUGUUUGUUUGUAGAAUUAAUUUCACUAUAUAUAAAAUGGUCAUUCACUUCAGCUUCAGUGGAAAAGUGUAAACUACUUGCUGUAUAUAAUAAUAUGUGUAUGUUUCAAUAAUGCUUCAGUGAGGGAUAUUAUCAUUCUUAAACAUGUAUAAAUUGGGAAAUUGUUUUGUAAGUUUAUAAAUGUUAGUUUCACAAUAAUUAAGAACAAUUCAACUGUUUUAAAAAUAUGCAUAAGCUGAAUUAAAAUGCAUGUUUUAAAUCAUUCUUAUUAUGGUUCAAUUUUUAUAGCUUUGUUAAAAAAAAUGUAUAAAUAAUAGUGCUCUAUAUGUAAGAAUUUAAAGGAUCUUUAUACAUUUAGUCCCGCUCAUAUAGGAAUGUUCUAUCAGAAGAGGAGUGUACUGUGCUAAUGAUUUACAAUUAUGUAGGUAAAAAGGACCAUGAUGAGAUGAUAGAAACCAUGUUAUGUAAAGAAAUCUCAUAUGGAUUGAUAUUUUUAUUGACUACUGUAAUGUUUUGGUCCACUUUUAUUGACUACUGAAUGUCACAGUCCAAAUCAUAUAGAUCUGUCCUGUACAUAAUAAUUUCUAUAUAGCUCACCUUGGGCAAUGUUUUUCUUCCUAUUGCUUAUCUAAUGUUAAUUCCAGGUAUGAUGGAUAAAUCAAAGCUAAGUAGCCUAAACAAAUAAAAAGCUGGCACUGCCAACUAAAGCUUCCCAAACUGAACACAGAUAAAAAAAUAUUAUUUAUUUCAAAAAGUCAACAAUCCUAUGGUUGGAGGGACAAAUAAAUAUGUCCUGGAGUCGCUCGAAUAAAUACCUGUGUUUAUGUUUAAUAAUUUAUAGAGAGAUAGUAUCAGGAAAUCAAAACUAAAAUCUAUUCAAGUAACAGUGAUCUUGACCUGUGACCUCUUGUUCGAAAGAUCAAUAAGUGUCUUCCCCUUCCCUAAAUCUUUCAUCUAUAUAAAUGUCAUCCCAACAAGCAUGGGAAACCAUUUUUCAUUUUUUUAUAUACUUACUAACAGUGACCUUAAAAUAUUGACUCCAAAAUCAUUAGCUGAUUAAAAUUGAAAACCAUUGUUCUAGAUGCAUGGAGGGAGGAACUAUUGAACAAAGCAAAUUGUUAUUUGCUCCUGAAUAUUGUAUUGGGAGCAUAAUAAAAGUAAAGCAAAUGUCUCAUUACAUUACUGUCAAACAGAUGAAUUGUUAUAUGUUAUCAAUUCUAACCAUUUGUUACAAGUCUGAAAUGUAAAUUAAAAAAAUAUUUUUUCAUUACUUUGCAUCUAUCAAUUCAAUACGCCCAUCAUGUAAUAUUUAAUACUAUAUAGUGUUUCUAAUUCCAGAACAUGUUUAACAAUGUUAGAUAUUAUGAUGGGUAUAUAUUUUGUGGACUUAUUAUUGUUUAUUAUGAGGAAACUGUGAUCAUGUUAUUAUUUUUGUCAUAUCUAUUUUAUUACAAAUUGUUAUUUCUUAUUCAUGUGUAUAUUUUCAUGCAGUAAAAUUAGAUUCUCACUUAA